AUGCCAAUAAGAAGUAGGGGUUUAUUAGAGGGAGGAGAAGAACGACAUGGGUUAUUAUCAAUGUGUAGUGUGCGGCAUAGGAUAAGACAUUGGCAAAAACUAUGUAGGAUGAAGCAAGGGCGUCACAUGUUUUGGGGCUUAAUAGUUUUGUUGUUGAUGUGUUUCUUGCUUAAGUUUUUGUUGAUGCAUAUCUUUUCUCAUCAGCUUGAUGUCCAUCGUGCAAUAAGGUCUAACAUCGUGCAGCAUAAAAAUUCAUCUCACACGCAUUCGACUCUGGAAAUCUGGAAGCAUCCCAAAAGUGACAACUACUACAAAUGCAUUCAUAGCAACUAAAGAGUAAAAACAUGGUCCAAUGUUCUUAUUUCUUCUAAAUUCGAGUACCCAAUUACCAACACUGAUUUGUGGUUACCUAUGGAAAUUGUAUAUUAUUCUACAGCGAAAGUAGGAAACGCCACAAAUGGCUACCUUUUGGUUCACGCCAAUGGAGGAUUAAAUCAAAUGACAACUGGAAUAAGUGACAUGGUCGCUAUAGCCAAACUUAUGAAUGCUACUUUGGUUUUACCAACAUUAGACCAUCAUUCAUUUUGGACUGAUAGCAGAUNCAACUGGAGGAACUUUAUUAAAGUCUUAGAAGAUGAGGUUCCAAUAGUGGAAUCUCUGCCACCAAGAUUUGCAGCAAUUAGGCCAGCAUUGAAAGCUCCAGUUUCUUGGUCCAAGGGUAGCUACUACAAAGGGGAGAUGAUGGGAUUAUUGAGAAGACAGAAAGUGAUAAAAUUCACCCACACUGAUUCUCGCCUUGUCAAUAAUGGUCUUCCUGAUUCAAUUCAGAAAAUACGUUGUCGUACCAUGUAUAAAGCUCUUAGAUUUUCAGUGCCAAUUGAAGGGCUUGCAAUGAAGUUGGUAAAUAGACUUAGAAACAAUACGCAUUAUCUUGCCCUCCAUCUAAGAUAUGAAAAGGACAUGCUUGCUUUCACAGGAUGCAAUCACAACCUAACAAAAGAAGAAGCAAGAGAACUGAGAGAAAUGAGAUACAAAGUGAAACAUUGGAAGAACAAAGAGAUUGAUGGCAAAUCAAAGCGACUAAAGGGUGUUUGCCCCAUGACUCCAAGAGAAGUAGCAUUGUUCCUUGAAGCAAUUGGGUUCCCUCUUGACACAAAAAUCUACAUAGCUGCUGGUAACAUUUAUGGCUCACAAGGACUCAAACCACUUGAAACCAAGUACCCUAAUGUCUUCUCACACUCCACUUUGGCAACAAAAGAAGAGCUUGAACCCUUUAGGAUCCACCAGAAUCAGCUUGCUGCUUUGGAUUAUGUUAUUUCGGUUGAAAGUGAUGCUUUUCUUUACACCUAUGAUGGCAACAUGGCUAAAGCAGUACGAGGUCACAGAGCAUUUCAAGGAUUUCGUAAGACCAUUGCCCCAAACAAACAAAAGUUUGUUAGGUUGGUUGAUGAGUUAGACAGUGACUUAAUUUCUUGGGAAGAUUUCUCAUCUAAGGUUAAGAGCAUACACAAAAACAAUGUGGGAGCACCACAUCCUAGAAAAAUUGAUCGCCACCCCAAAUUGGAAGAGAACUUUUAUGCAAACCCUUUUCCAGGUUGUAUUUGUGAGAAGUGA